AAGAUGUAAUUAAGAGGCUUGCAAGGUACACUGGACGACCGUUUGUUCUUCAAGUAGCCUUUGCUUGGCUCUCUUCGUCUUCCGCUGGGUGCUCGACUUUAUGUAAAUCAAAACACAAAACAUUGAAGAUAAGAAGACGAGGAGAGUGAAUGGUAUAAAGCCAUGUUUAUUUCGAAGUGUCUAGUGUCAAAGAAAGGACCUUUAGGUGCCAUAUGGUUAGCUGCUUUCCUCUUCACAAGGCUCAAGAAAUCUCAAAUCCUUGAGAUUAAUAUCUCCUCUUCUGUCGAUACUAUCUUGCAGAGCCAGCUUGAGAUUCUGGCUUAUAGAGUGUUAGCCUACCUCCUCGUUGGUGUUGUCAGAAUAUAUUCCAAAAAGGUUGAAUAUCUUUUUGAGGACUGCCAAGAAGUGCUGGUUGAGAUAAAUCAGUUUGUGGUUAGAGAAAAAAAUAGAGCAAAGAAGGAGGCCCUGCGUGCAACUUCCUUCUCGAUUACUCGACCUGUGAGUUUUGACUUAGAUGCAUUUGAUCUGGAGGUUCUUGAAGAUACUAGUCGAGACAAUGUGGUUCCUCGUGAAGAAAUAACCCUCAAAGAUGUAGCUUGGGAAAAUGCUGGAAAAAUGCGAUAUUCCCUAGAUCGGAUUGCGGCAUUGGAUGAUGCUUUCUUGAUGGAUUACACUCUAGCUGAAGAUCUUUCACGCCACCAGAUGGACUUUGAGACAGAAGUAAGAACAUUGCAUGGUGUGUGUGACCCGGAAGCAAGUGUAGAAAAGCUUCGAUGUGAUAACUCUUUUCUUGAGGAGAUUUCACAUAUUAAAACAGUUGGUGGGGUAGAGGAAGAGCCUCAGAACCUUGUCAAUGAAAAUGAAAGAGAGCGUGUAGAGGUUCCUGACAUGGCAGGUUUGGUGAACCAAGUAGGCCAAGAGGCAAAUAGAGAGAAAUACAAUGAUAGAUUAUUGUCGGAAAAAUGGGCAAUCCUUCAUACUGAAGCUCGGGAAGAUUCUCCAGUUCCUCAUAAACUUGAACCACUUGCUGAAGAUCAAACUAAUAGGGAGUUAAUAAAGGGUCCAGACCAAUUAGAAUCAGAAAAUGAAAUGAACCAGGCUAUGGAGGAAGAUUACGAAAGCGUCCUGGAAGCAAGUGCAGAGCUUCCAGACAUUUCUGGCUCAGUAAGUAUGGAGAAGUGCAGUGAUAGGUUCACUUCUGAACGAGCAAACCUUUGUAAUGAGGCUGAAGAGGAACCUCUAAGACCUGCUGAAUCACUUGUUGAAGAUCAAGGUAACAGGGAAAAGAUGAAGGAUUUGAGUUUGCUGCAAUAUGAAAAUGAAGUGCACCGGGUUAUUCAGGAAGAUCAUGUAAGCAUGGAAGCAAGUGUAGAGGUCCCGGGCCUUGUAGACUCAGAAAUUCACAUAAGAAGAGAAUCGAGCAGAGAGAAUAAUAUCGAUGAACUCUGUCAAGAAGAAUGUUUGAAUCUUAUUGUUCAGGUUGAGGAGAAAUCUCCAGGUCUCGUCAAACCUGUUGGUGAAGAAGAAACUAACAGAGACAUGAAGGGUUCGUAUAGGGUGCAACCAGAAAAUGAAAUACACCAUGUUAUGAAGGAAGAUCAGAACUUUGAAACAAGUACGAAGAAGCUCCAGGCUGAAGAAUUCUUUCACAUGGACAUUCAGGAACCUACCCCACUUGUUAGACCACUUGCUGAAGAGAUUCAUACUGAUGCAGAGCAUGAGAAGUUUCCAGCAAAGAGAACUAAGGAUGGAAAAUGUCAGGCUGCUGCUAAAAAUCGUACAUUGUCAGUUACAUUGGACUCCACUCCUCAAUCCGUGUUGCAAGAUGCUUCAGGAGCCACUACACCACAUUUUAUGCUUAUCCCAACACCUGCUAGAAAGGAACAUUCUCGGUUUUCUAGGAAGAGAAAAUGUGUAUUCGAUGAUGUCAUAGUUUACUCUAAUGACAUAAUGAGGCAAUGGAUAAAAGAUGCAAGUGAUUUGGUCUCUAAACGGGUAAAGGAUGGCCGUACUGCUAUAGGUGCAAAGAAGACUCGUUGGAUUCUCAACCUUCCCCAGAGUUUCUCAGAGCCUUCAGUUCCCUGUAAUUUCACUAUUAGAAAUAUUUCUACAUGGUAUUUCUCUGGUUAUGCUUCUUUGUUAAUCAUAUUCUUGACAGGCACCUUGGAGCUCAAAUCCAUUUACUGUGGAAAGAGGUUGAGACUUCUGGAAUCUAUUAAUAUCACAAAACCUUCAGAUCAUAUGGACACUCCCGAACCUCCUAUGGCUAGUGGAUUCGUUGAGCAAGCAGAAAUUACUCCAAUGAUUGUUGAAAUUAGGGAUCCUCCUGAUAUGCUGAACCUCUCAAAGUCUCCUCCAUUUGAUGAAUCCACGGAGCAUGCUGGAAUUUCUCCACAAACACCCAUUCAGCAGUCAACUUCCCUAAUUGUCGAAGAACGGACAGAAAUUGCUCCGCAAACACCUCUUCUCCACUCUAAAUCAGUGAGGCCUUUUGUGAGCCCAAAGGACCUGAAAUGUAAUAACUUAGGUGGGGUAAGACCAGAGAAUGUGGAUCCUACUCAAAUCAUGGGGAAAGAACCUUCUCUGAAUGAAAUAAUAGAGAGGUCUUCCCUGAACAAGAAUGAAGACCGUAAUCUCGAUCUGGUGAGCAGGGACAUACAUUCAAAUGAAGACAGUAACCAGGAAAAGGAUGGAUGGUCAUCGAGAACCAGAAUGGUGGCAAAGAGACUUCAGAGAAGUUUUCAAGAUCAAAAAAAUAAAGGGGAGGAAGAAAAGGUGAACUUAUCACAGCUUUUGGAAGGAAGAACAAAGAAAGCAAGUGUGAAGGUCUUUUAUGAGAUACUGGUGUUGAAAACUAAAGGACUUGUGGAUGUGCAGCAAGAAGAUGGUUUUGGUGAUAUCAUUGUUCUGAAGUCUUCGAAGUGGGACGAAAGCGUUUUGAUGGAAACCAUGCUAAUCUGUUAGUUAACAGUAGGUUUUAGCAAUUUUAGCUGAUAUUUCCAGUAAUGUAAGUGCCCCUUCUGUAAAUUGCCUAGUUUAGUUAAGUAGCUC